AUCGGACGAGAAUUGUGGUGUACCUAUCAGGAAGUGACGGUGACAAGUACUGUCACAGAAGUAAAUUCUGGAUUCGUUCUUAUUUAUUUAAUCUUGAGAUUAAAAACAAACAAACAAACAAACAAACAAAAAAAUGUCAUCUGAUUUUGAGACAUACGAGCAGGAUUUCGGGACCCUGACAGCUGAAAUAACGAGCAGGAUUGUAAAGAUUCCUAAAUUGGCUGGAGUCUGCUCUGAUGGAAAUGACCCAGAAGAUGAGAAAAAGAACAUGGUUGUAAGUGUUGAGAAGCAGCUAGAAGAAGCCAGAGAGCUACUGGAGCAGAUGGACCUUGAGGUGCGGGAGAUCCCAGUCCAGAGUCGAGGCAUGCACAGCACCAGGCUUAAGAGCUACAAACAGGAGCUGGAGAAACUUGAGAAGGAUUUUAAAAGGUCACGCAUCGCCUACAGUGACGAGGUGCGGGACGAGCUCCUGGGGGAUGAUGGGAAUUCCUCGGAGAGUCAGUUGAUAAAGUUACGUGACGAGAGAGCACAUCUGUUGGAUAACGCUGAAAAGCUGGAAAGGUCAUCCCGAAGACUGGAAGCUGGCUACCAGAUAGCUGUGGAAACUGAGCAAGUUGGCCAGGAAAUUUUAGAAAAUCUGCACCACGACAGAGAGAAAAUACAGCGAUCCAGAGACAGGCUUCGUGAAACAGAUGCCAAUCUGGGAAAGAGUUCCAGGAUCCUCACAGGAAUGUUGCGAAGGUAAGAACAAGUGCUUUUAAAUAGGUAGAAGCAGAUGCUGGAGUAAUUGAUGCUUUGACGACCAAACUCUUGGGAGAAAUAAUGGAAUCCGCCCCUUGCCACAACACAUGAAUCCAAAUAAUUGUUACCAAUUUUUUAAAAAGGAUUUCCUGUGAGAGAUUUGGCACAUGAAUUGGUUUGUAUAAUAGUGGAUCACAGUGAUCCGUCUGGCCUUGUCUAUCAGUGUAUUCAACUCAAAUCCCUUUGGUUCUGCUCGCUUAUGUGCUAUACAAAUUAAUAAUGCCUUGUUAUUAAUAAUUCCCUAUUUAAUGUCUUCAUAUUAUUUAAAGCAGACUUAGUCAUGCAGCAACUAGGAAGAGUUUAGCUGGCAGAAAGCACACGGGAGAAGUGAGAGUGUAUUAAAAUGCAGCUUAAAGUGUAAGUAGCAGGGUUUGAGAUCUGUCCUUUAAAUCACUGCAGGAAGGAAAAAAACACAAGUCCUCGGGCUUUUCUGUUCCGUACCACAUCAUGGAUCGUUAUUGCUGUACCUGUUUGACAAUGUGGGCAAUAAUCCUUCCACUAUCAGUGCACUACAGCGGCCAUUUUGAAAAGAGCUUUGAAACAGACUUUAAAGUUAUAAGCGUAAAAAGUUGCCAGAAAAUAAAAAUGACAGGUACGUUAUUUAAACAGUUGUAGCAACACCUGGGGGCUAUAUUUUUGGAACCCCACUACUUACUCUUUGAAAUGGAAAAUUAAAUUCCAGUAUUAUUGUUUUUAUUUUAAAAUCCCUAUCAGGCACGGUCACUCUACUGUAAAGUUGUUUGUAACACUCCAGUUUAUUCUGUGCUCAUUUAUGAGUGCUUUUUAAAAAAAAUGAAGCGCUGUAGUAGCAGCUCAUUUAAUUGCACAAUGCAUGCUAACAACUUGCUAUUUCUUUUCAAAUAAGCUUAUAAAAUGAACUCUUGAAGUUUCUAAUGAUACAUCUAUGUAAGAUGUAUAGGAAGUUAUAGAUGAAGAUAGAAAAUCUAUGUUUCAAUAUUGUUUGGCAGUACAGUAUAUCCUUUGGUUUCAAUAGAAUACAAACUUCAGUAACAGUGUUUUUAUUUAAAUUAAAGAAAAGGUGUGUCAAGAUGUUUGUAUCUCGUCACCAAGCAUUUCCAUGACUGAUGUCUGAAUUACAUAUUCAAUUCUGGCUUGCAGUAUCAUGCUUAAUUACAGCCUACAGCCCUAUGGCUGUGUUGUAUUUUAUCUGUUUGUUGUGGAAAGGCAGCAUUCUGAAAUUGCAUUUUAUACAAUAUUUGUAUCAUAUCAUUUAAUAAAGGUUUUUUUUUUUUGUUUUGUUUUUUUUUUUAAAUAACAGUAAUACACAGCAGGAAUCUCAUACUCCAGUUUAACCCUUGCAGAUUUUCUAAAACACCUCUUCAUGAAUCUACGCAAACGCACCUUUCUUUUGAGCUCUGAUUGUAUCCCUACGUAUUUUAAACAAUGUUUUGAAACCCCUAAAAAAUGUUUGUUGUUGUCUGUUUAUCCUGCCACCUGAGGGGGAAUGUGUAUUAUGGAUGACAUUGUAAUACCGCACCGGAAGUGAAUAUAUUAUGAGGUGUCAGGGCCAGAGUGAAAAUGAAAUUAUCUUCAUUAAAACGAGGGACUUUCUAGAAAGCAGUUAUGCUAAUAAGCCCUUCCAGGAGCAAGCGUGCGUUUUUAGAGAGCUGCAUUGUAUUGUCCAAUAAUUACAUAUUACUGUAAAGAAAACGCACUUUAUAACAUCAGGAAUAGAUGAAUACGUAAAGGUUCACAUUGCACACAACAUCGAACACAGCCCAGAGCCACAUGCAGAUGGGUUAAUAAAGUGGGCCUGUUUUCUGUUUUUCAGCCGAGAACAAUAACGUACCAUGUUGCAAAACUAAAAUGCUUGUUAAAAAGCCUCCUGGUUCUGCCCUCCAUGUUCUUUUGUGUAAUAAUCUCAUGCCUUGCCAAGUCAUGCAGUUGGAAGGAUCUUGUUUCAGGUAGCAUAGCCAUCGGCUUCCAAAUAUGAAAAGAUUGCACCCAAAUAAACUGGCAGACAAGUACAUGCUUUGCAAAGGAAAGAACCCAGACCAGUUCAUUUGGUUUUGAGCCAAACAGGUAAUUUUCCCUUCAGCAUUUUUCUAGGUCGACGAAGACAGGUUGGGCAGGCACUGCAGUCACCCUGUCUCCACACUCUGCUAUGGCUUGCAUACCAGGGGCACAAUUUUAUUCCUGGAGACAGACAGGCAGAUGAUCUGAUUGGCAGAGCUCCAGAGCAUGCUCACAAAGGUUUCUUUGACAGUGGGUCAGUUGGUUAGCUGUACACCAGUAGCUAGAUUCUAACCUCCUUCUUAGAAAGUUCAGCAACAAUAAGUUAUAAUGAAGUUAUACAUAAAACUGAUAAUACACCAGUAUAUUGAUUUAACCGAUUCUACCAACAUAUUUAUUUUUCUUUUUGAAAAACGGUAUGUCCCUAUAAUUCCUUCUCAAUUCUUUUGGUUCAGAAUGUACCCACUUGUGAAAAGAAGACUUUUUUAAGUGGUCAGGAAUGACUAAGAUUAAAAUAAGAUUACAGAUGGGUGGGGGGGUCCUUGUUACCAAAUUUGCAUGAGAGAAAAAAACCCCAGGGAUGUCUGUUUGGCAAUAAAAUGUGUAACAGCAUCAUUUUUUUUGUUUUGUUUUAUACUCAUUUUAGUGAGAAGAUUAAUCAAAUGCAAAAACCCUCAUUUGAGCACAUAUGUCAGGAAGCAGUCAGCUAACAUACAUAUAAAAAGCAACUGGAGCGAUAUGAUUUUGAACUGAUUAUCUAGGUAUACAUAAUCUUCUGAUUAUUAUUCCACUUUCAGAUGGACAGAAAUUCUUGGCACAGGUUUUGUAUUCCCCAUAUACUGUGGUAUUUUGCAUAUGUGUGAUGUUUAAAUGUUGCAUUGUUAAUGCUUCUGAGUUAACCGGGAUUGGUUAGCCCUUUGGUGACCCAGGAGGUAUUUGCACGUUUGAUCACCGAGCAGGACUUCUAUUAAAACGAAAUACCAUUGAUUUAAAAAGGGAAGGGAAGGUGAAGAAAGCAGCAGUAUGGCUGUCAAGGGGGAUUACUGAAAUAUCAAAUUGUCUAGAGCCAUAGAAGCAUUGCCCUCUUGGCAGUGAGAGUGGAGACGCAUGGAGGUGCUAUUCAGGUAGUUAACCGAAUAUGCACCUGUGACAGGGUAGUCGUGUCACGUGUGUGGGUAACCGCGGAUAUGCAAGACAGAGACAUGGGAGUUGGAGUUGAAAUGCCGCUCAGGCACGCAAGAUUUAUUCACACACAAAAAAGUAAACACAACAGGUCAUGUGACGCUACCAGCGAUGAAAACGCACAGAGGAUACAUACAGCAAGCUGUACAAAAGGCAAAAUAAAACACUGUACAAAAACUUCAAAUAAAAGAUACUACACAGGGCGAGCGCUAGCCUUACUAAACGAGGCGUCUGGCUACAGGAACCUGCUACACUACAUAACCCUUGCUGUACAUUACUUGCGAUCAAUAUCCCCUAAACUAACCUACUUUGAGCCGGUAUUCAUAUGACGAUGCCUGCUUCUUCAUACGGCCUUGGCUGGGCAUUGCGUUCACAAGCACCACUUGCAGUUUCAGGGUUGCGUAGCUCUCGUUCCUCCAGAGCGGAUGCUCUCCUCCCGAGUGUACGCAGCGCCCCUCUGUGUAGCAUGGUGGUGCAGUCGCCCAGAACGAUCCCCACCGGAUGUUUUUAUGCUGACAGACACGCAAUCAAGACCCGCCCACCUGCUGAUUGAGGACUGGCACAGCCAAUCACUCGCAGCCCUUCCUCUCAACCAAACCUAGCAGGCAGCAAGUCUCAACUGAGCGCCUGUCUGCAAACAGUCAUUUAAUCAAACUUAACAACUCCAAAAAGCACACAAAACAAACCCAUUUCCACAUAUAAUUUAUGUGAUGACACAGCUCUCCAGUGGGAAGGCGCCUGGGAUAGAUGGCCUCCCCGCUGAGUUUUUCAAACAUUUCUGUACAGUGAUCGGGGAGGACUUCCAGGUGCUGAAGGAAAGUCUGGAGAGAAAAGAACUGCCUCUCAGCUGCCGCAGGGCAGUGAUCACACUGCUGCCUAAGAAAGGAGACCUCUGCCUUUUAAAGAACUGGAGACCUGUUUCGCUGUUAUGUGCCGAUUUGAAAAUAAUUUCCAAGUGUAUCGCAAAUAGGGUUAAGAAAUGUAUAGGUACUGUAAUACAUAGGGAUCAAACAUAUUGUAUCCCAGGAAGAUCUAUUUUUGAUAACCUGUUUUUAAUUCGAGAUUUUUUAACCCUGAGUGAAACAUGUCAUUUUAAUGUGGGAUUGGUCUCCCUUGAUCAAGAGAAGGCUUUUGAUAGGGUCGACCACACCUACCUUGUGAAAGUCCUGAGAGCCUUCGGGUUCAGGCUGGGGUCGCUCUUACACCUCUUGCAGGGGCUCCUGCAGAUUCUUGGGGUAAUUUUCAGCAAAGAUACUUUUAUUUUUGGGUUCCCCUAUAGUUUUAAAAAUAGGGAUAGGUGUGUUUUAAUUAAUUUUAUUUUAGGGCAGGCAAAAUUGGCCAUUUUAAAAUCUAGGAAAAAUAAGAUUUUAGAGGCAGGGCUAGCAGAUGCUGCCAGAUUAUUUCGUAUUUUAGUUGUCAGUAGGGUAAUGGUGGAUUUUAACUAUUUUAAAAUGGUCAGUAACCUGGAGGGCUUUCAGGAGAGGUGGUGUGUGGGAGAUGCCUUGUGCUCAUUGAGUAAGGAGAGAGAGCUCCUGUUUCUCUUUUAGUUAUUUAUGUAUAUUUUGUAUUGUUUUACAGUGUUUUUAUUAAUUUGGUAUUAAUCUAUUUUAUUGGAAAAACACUGUUUAGUUUUUUUAACAUAUGGGGUUUUUAUUUGUUUUUUUGUGUUUUAUUUACAUUUUAUGAUCCUUUUAUUUGUUUAAAAUCUGUUUUUAAAGGAGAACAUGAUGUUUUUUAGGAUUUUAUGCUGAUCCCCAGAGCCAGCAAGUAUCUUAAUUUGUUGUGUUUUACUUUUAUUAUUGUUAUUAUUAUUGUUAUUGUAUGGAUUUUAAUUGUAACGAAUUAAUAAAGGAUAGUAAAAGUCAUAGUCUCUCUCUCUCUCUCUCUCUCUCUCUCUCUCGCUUUGUCUCUCUCUCUCUCUCUGUCUCUCUCUCGCUUUGUCUCUCUCUCUCUCUCUC